AUGGUCGGGCUUGAGGAUCGUACUGAUUUCGUGGCUCGUUUCCUUCCGGUUCUACUGGGGCUUGCCUCGGGCACCGCAGUCGAGCGCGCUCGUGCACUGUCCACUAUUUCGAUGGCUAGUACGGUUCUGUUUGUGGUCGUUAUUGCUGCACUUAUCGUUGGUUCACGGUUCGUGCUAGUUCAGACGUAUCGUCACAACACCGUAUCCGUAUGUCUAUUGCAAAAUUGA